CCUGGGCGGUUGUGGGCGGUGUGUAUCCCGGGGGCGGGACCGGCGACGCGGAGCUCCGAGAUCGAGCGCUGGGCUGAGGGCGGCAGGGGCCAGCACCCCGAGACAGAGGCCGAAGGGGGCGCGCGCUGCUGGGAAGUGCUGGGGGUGGGGUCCCCUGCUCCCGCCUUGCCAGCCCGCCGCUUCUCAGCUGCGCGCAGGCGAGGCUGCUGGGGUCGGUCCGCGUUCCCGCUCGCCGCGUCCUGCCGAGCGACCCUGGAAUACGUGUCCAGAUGUCCACCUGGCUGCCACAGGGGAUCCCUCUGGGAGACUGAAGGGCGGGCUCCCAGGCCAAGGUUGAGGCCAUCCAGUCCUGAGCUUUAGGCCAGGGGAAUGGCAGCACCCCUGGAGCCUCAGGAUGAGGCCCCUGGGGAGGGAGAAGGGCUGCUGAUUGUGAAGGUGGAAGAUUCCUCCUGGGAGCAGGACUCUGCCCAGCAAGAAGACAACAGGGAUUCUGAGGUCUGUCGCCAGCGCUUUCGACAUUUUUGCUAUAGGGAUGUGGGCGGGCCCCAUGAGGCCUUCAGUCAGCUCUGGGAGCUCUGCUGCCGCUGGCUUCGGCCGGAGCUGCACACCAAGGAGCAGAUCCUGGAGCUGCUGGUGCUGGAGCAGUUCCUGAGUGUGCUGCCUGGAGGCGUCCAGGACUGGGUUCGAGAGCAGUGUCCAGGGAGUGGCGAGGAGGCCGUUGCCUUGGUGGAGGUCCUGCAGAAACAGCCAGUGACAGCAUGGCCACAGGAAGUGCCCUCAGAGGACGUGGAACCUGAAGCUACAGUCCAGGGACCCCAGGCCAAGGGGCUUCCCAUGAAGGUGGGGGCACGAAGCUGGCCACCUGUACCUUGGGAGCAGCACAGCCAUGGUGCCCAGCUUCCUGCUCUUAAAGAAGGGAGUACCAGAGAGACAACCGGUACCUGCUUUGCCUCUGAGGUCCAUGGACCUUUGACAUUUGGAGACAUUCCCUUCUAUUUCUCCCGGGAAGAAUGGGGGUCUCUGGACCCUGCUCAGAGGGAACUCUUUUGGGACAUAAAGCGAGAGAACUCCCGGAAUGUUGCCCUGGGUGCGGGGCUUCAGAGCCAAAGCCAGCGAUCCGGGCUGGGGGAGGCGGUGACGGCGCUGCCGGGCCAGGCCGGCGGUGGCGGCGGCGGCGGCGGCGGUGGGCGCGGCGACGUGACUGUGUCCUGGAGCCCUGAGGAGCCCGAGGCCUGGGACGGCGAGGCCCGGCCGGGGGCGCCCAUGGGCCGCGCGGUGGGGGCGCGGAGGGGGCGGCCGCCAGCGCGCCGGCGGCCGCUGCGGGACCUGGCGGCGGAGAAGCCGCACAGCUGCGGCCAGUGCGGCAAGCGCUUCCGCUGGGGCUCGGACCUGGCGCGCCACCAGCGCACACACACGGGCGAGAAGCCGCACAAGUGCCAGGCGUGCGAGAAGAGCUUCCGCAGCUCGUCGGACCUGCUGCGCCACCAGGGCGUGCACACGGGCCAGAAGCCCUUCUCCUGCUCCCAGUGCGGCAAGAGCUUCAGCCGCAGCGCCUACCUGGCCGACCAUCAGCGCAUCCACACGGGCGAGAAGCCCUUCGGCUGCAGCGAGUGCGGCAAGAGCUUCUCGCUGCGCUCCUACCUGCUGGACCACCGGCGCGUGCACACGGGCGAGCGGCCCUUCGGCUGCGGCGAGUGCGACAAGAGCUUCAAGCAGCGCGCCCACCUCAUCGCCCACCAGAGCCUGCACGCCAAGAUGGCCCAGCCUGUGGGCUGAGGGCUGGCGGGGGCCCUGCGGCCGACCCGGAGUGGGGGCUGGGGGGGACGGUGUCCCCAGGGCGAAGCAGCCACCGGCCCCUGGUGUUCUCUCCCCUCAUAUGCGGCCUCCAUCCCGGCUGCCUGCCCCGCCUCACCCCGAGGCCUAGCUUACACCCCCAGGGAAUGGAAAGCCCCCACCACCUCGCGGCCAUUCCCCUUCUUGCUUCCCGGGUUUCUCUUGUCCUUUGGCAUCCUGGUGCCCCAGCACAUUCGUGGCCUGUGGCCUCAGCGUGGGAGAGAGGCCUGGGCAUCAGGGAGGUGGCUGAGGAAGGGGUCCCCCGCCCCCCACCGGCCUUGCUUGCCUCAUGGCUCUUUGUUCCCAGCCAUGUCAGCUGAGUCCGUGGGCCGGGCCCUCUGCCCUGCCAAGCUGUGCCUUCUGGUGGGUGUGGAGGACAGGCCUUGACCUGCAGGAUGCUCCUGGGUUCUGGGAGGACAGCCCAUCCCUGGGAGGAUCUGGGUCCUGGGUGUGGCCACGGGCUUUCCAGCCCCAUCUCUCCCCAUUUCCAGGCCGUGACCACUUUGCCCCGCCUGGAGACAUGGAAACUGCCUGCCUCUGCUCGAAGCUGACUUGCCCCCAAGCGAGUCCCUGAGAGCGACCCCUGCCAAUCUGGUGUGGGUGGUGGUGGCUCCAGGAACAGGAGGCCCACACUGAAGACCAAGGACAGGGCUGGUGGAGGCUGGCUGCUCCCCGCUGCUCCCCUUUCCAGAGGUGUGGGGUUUGUGAUACUUAACACUAGCACUCUGUUAGCGCUUUGUCGCUGACUCCUUAAGCACUGCAUUCCAUGGUGCCGUCCGCAUUGUCUGCAGAUGGGCAUUCGCAGGGACAGACCACAGGCUCUCCAAAGGAGCUCGGCUCUGCUGGUCUCAAAAGGGCAGCAGAGGAUGUUGAAUAAAUAACAGAAACUUC